AAGAAUUCGUCAAAACAUGCAGUUAUUGUCAGACCAGUCCAACCUCGCCCUCGUUCCUUUCGAACGAAUUGAACGCACUUCCAAGUGUUGAGAGACGGCCGUAUCGGAGAGACAUCCUUCCGGACAACUCGAUCGCCGUUCUUCCGUUUUCCGGCAUCAUAGUCCUCGAACUAGGGUCCUUGUUCCACGUGCGGACCUCCUCCUGUGUUUUCGUUUUUGACUUGAGUCAUCAAUUUUUGACAACAGGCUCGAAAACUGCAGCAGAAUUUGAUUCGAUCCGAACUUGAGUCGGUUUCGAGCCUAAUAAUCGACAAUGGUGUUUUACUUCACGAGCACAUCUACGAAUCCGCCGACGGAGUUAUACAUGGGCGCAGAUAAACAUGAAAAUGAGGAGCUGAUUCGGUGGGGUUGGCCAGAAGAUGUGUGGUUCCACGUUGAUAACUUGUCGUCCGCCCAUGUGUACGUUCGACUGCAACCGAACCAAACAAUCGAAGACCUUCCCGAGGACCUAAUCACUGACUGCGUUCAGUUGGUCAAGUACAACUCAAUCAGCGGCAACAAACAAAAUAACAUCGACGUAGUGUACACAAUGUGGAGCAAUCUGAAGAAGACUCCAGGUAUGGAAGUUGGACAAGUUGCGUUCCACAAAGAUAAGGAUGUCAAGAAGGUUCGAGUCGAGAAACGAAUCAAUGAGAUCAUCAACCGUUUGAAUAAGACGAAGGUGGAAAGGAAUAUUGACCUACGGGAAAUGCGAGAAGAGAGGGACCGUAAGGAACGCGCGGCGAAGCGUGAAGAGGAGCGCAAACAGAGGGAACUCGAGAAAGAAGAGGCGAAGAAACGGGAGGAGCUGAACAAACUGAAGUCGUACGACUCUUUGAUGAAAACGGAAAACAUGACGUCCAACCUGGACUGCGGUUAUGAUUCCGACGACUUCAUGUGAUAUCGCUCAUCACGAUGUGUUCUAGGGGGUUAAAAGUUGAGGUUUCUAAUGAUUUAUUCACUAUCGAUGAGAAUAAACUCAUUCCGACCAUAAGA